AUGUCGAGAAAGAAAAAAGGUGAAGCGUGGGGAGAAAAUGGAUUUGAAGAUUGGGGUGGAUAUAUGGCUGCUAAACAAGCAAAACUGGAAGAACAAUUUCAUGAUGAAGCAAACCAGGAAAUUAAAACGUCAAAUAUAUUUGAAGGAGUUUCAAUUUUUGUAAAUGGAUACACUGAUCCGACUGCAGAUGAACUUCGUCGUUUAAUGAUGGGACAUGGGGGUACAUAUCAUCAUUAUAUGAGACCUAGAGGAACCACUCACAUUAUUGCAUCCAAUUUACCAUAUUCUAAAAUAAUAAUGUACAAGAAAAGUCAAAACCCAGUACCUAUCUGUAAGCCUGAAUGGAUUGUGGAUAGCAUAAAAGCUAAUAAGCUUUUAAAUUUCCAGAACUAUUUGCUUUAUUCACAGUGCUCAGAUGUGCAACCUGCAUUAAAAUACAUAGUAACAAGUAAAGAAAACAAAACAAAUUUUCCUGUGCGAAAUACUACAAAAAAAGAUAAAGUAGAUAGUUCAGAAAAUGAUAAUAAUGAUAAAAUUGAAAUCCCAAAAGAGUCCAUGAUGAAACCAAGUACAUCAAAUUCUGCAGUACCAAUGAAUUCAAGAGAAACUAAUUCGACAAAAAAUUCAGAAUUUAUAUCAGAAUUUUAUAGCCAUUCAAGAUUGCAUCAUAUAUCAACAAUGGGUGCAACGUUCAAAGAAUAUGUUAAUGAAUUAAGAGAUAAAAGCACUGGAAAAUUUCCUGGUCUUGAUAAAUUAAAAGUAUUAAGGAAUUCUACACUAAAUGAAUCAUUACUUGAUUCUCAAUCAAGCUUCUAUUUACAAGAAGACAACAGAACACAGGCUAAUCAAUCUCCUAUAAUAAUGCACAUAGAUAUGGACUGUUUUUUUGUCUCAGUUGGCCUUAGAGAUAGACCAGAAUUGAAAGGCUUUCCAGUGGCCGUAACGCAUGCAAAAGGAAACAGAAAUUUUUCGAGCAAUAGCAAACAAACUUUGGAUAAUAAAGAUGAAGAACAUGGUUCAUUAUCAGAAGUAGCAUCGUGUUCCUAUGAAGCUAGAAAAGCUGGGGUGAAAAAUGGCAUGUUUUUAGGAGAAGCAUUAAAAAUAUGCCCCAAUUUAAAGACAAUAGCAUAUAAUUUUGAAGGCUAUACUGAAGUCUCUUACAUGUUGUAUGAUACAGUAGCAUCAUAUACACUGGAUAUCGAAGCAGUCAGUUGUGAUGAAAUGUAUGCGGAUUGUACACAAAUUUUACAAGCAUCCGGAUUAACACCAAUGGAAUUUGCAACUGUUAUUAGGCAUGAGAUAAAAGGCAAAACAGGUUGUCCUGUGUCAACAGGUUUUGGAAGUAAUAAAUUAUUAGCUAGAUUAGCAACAAAGAAAGCAAAGCCAAAUGGUCAGUUUUAUAUACAGCAAGGACAUAUUAAUGAUUGCAUUAAUACCUUGAAUGUGCAAGACUUGCCAGGAGUCGGAUGGUCAACAACACAUAAAUUAAAUAGCAUAAAUAUACGAACGUGUGCAGAAUUGCAAACGAUUUCAUUGGCAACGUUACAAAAAGAUUUUGGCAAAAAGACAGGUGAAUUAUUGUACAAUAUUUGCCGUGGUAUAGAUAAUUCGAAGCUUAAUUUAGAACAUGUAAGAAAAUCGGUCUCCGCGGAGGUCAAUUAUGGUAUAAGAUUCGAAUCAGAUAACGAUGCAAUAGAUUUCUUAAAGAAAUUAUCUUGCGAAGUAUGCAAUCGACUAAGUAAGGCAAACGCGAAGGGUAGAUGUAUUACAUUAAAGCUUCUAAUUAGAGCAAAAGAGGCACCUAGAGAAACUGAAAAAUUUAUGGGGCAUGGGAUGUGUGAUUACAUGACAAAGUCAAAGAAUCUUGUCGCUCCUAUAAAUGAUGUUGAGAUUGUAACGAAGGAAGUCAUCGCACUUUGGAAUCAAAUGCAAAAACCACCUGAAGACGCAAGAGGAAUUGGUAUACAAAUAUCUAGAUUAGAAAUAUUAAAAAGUAAAGCUCGCAGUGGAACUAUAAUAAAUUUUAUCAACAAAAAUAAGCAAGAUAGUAAGAUAAAUAAAUCUAAUGAAAUAAAUAAAAAUAAUGAAACUCAAUUUUUAACAAAUGCAAAUACCGAUAUGUCAGAUUCUGGAAUUGGAUCUGUCAAUACCGAACUAAAAUUACACGUUUCAUCUGGUAUCAGCGAGUCGGUUCUUUCUGAACUUCCAGAAGAUAUACAAAAUGAGAUUCUGGAUAUUAAUAAAAGUAAAAGUAUGACAACAGAUAAUAAAGAUACUAGAACUGUUAAUAUAGAAAAUCUGAAUAAGAAAUCAUCAGAAAAGAAUAUACAAACGCGUCAAGAUAAUUUUUUUAAACAAACUAAAUCUGGCAUUUCAAGACCAGCAAAGGUAGAAAUGCCACCUAUUCAAGACAUCGAUAUGUCAGUUCUGAUAGAAUUACCCGAAAGUAUACGGAACGAAAUUCUUAAUGAAUAUAGUGCUACAAAAAAUCGGGAUCAGAACAAUGUUACUACAAAUCAGAACAGUGCUUCUUCGUCUUCAAUUAACAAUGAAAUUCCAGCAGAAAUAAACCGUGAUGAGCAAAAUAUAUCUUUUUCACAAGUAGAUCCAGAAUUCUUAGCCGCAUUAUCGGAAGAUUUAAGACGCGAUGUUCAAAUGUAUUGCACUAGCAAAAAAGCCGAGUGUUCAAAAAAUAAAACUGAUGAGGCAACUCGCAAUAUUGGAUUACUAAACGUUGAAACUAAGAAGCCAGAACAAAAAAAUAAGAACGGUAAAAAUGGCAAAAUUAUACUUCAAAAGAGUAAGAAAAAACAUGUGAAAACUGUAAUCAAAUCAACAAAAACUGUGAAUGAUUGUGAGAAUAUGCCAGAUAUAAAGAAAAGUAAUAUAAAAUCUCUGAUACCGUCCGUAACGAAACAGAAGUCGAAUGAUCAAAUUACUGCAGCUGAAGCUGAGGCUAUUCUUUCUCAUAAUCGUACUAUCGCAGAAGACAAUGAUAAUAUGAAUCCACAUCAAAACGUUUUAAUCAGUCUCGUAAAUCGUUUGCUUAAUCUACCUUUAGAGCAGGUGAAAAUGCAAAUACAAAUGUGGAUCACUAAUUCUAAUAUCAUAAACGAAGUAGAUUUUUUAUCGCUUGCAACAUUUCUUAGCAUGCUACCGGAAAAGAAACGCAUUGAAGAUUUACAUGUCUUAUUGAAAACCAUGCACAGAUGUAUGACAAAAAGUGGAAAUUGCAUUUGGCAUAGGACAUAUAGGAAAACAGUAAAAUACGUUCAACAUUAUAUGCAAAUUGAGUAUAACAGCAACCUAAUGGUACCACCAAUCAAAUGCAACCUUUUGCAAUGUAACAAUGAUGUAAUGUAAACCCUUCGGAAUUUAAUAAAUUAAUAUUUUUACAAUGA